AUGGCUGGCAACAUCCUCAUCAUUGGCCUCAUAAUCUCUGAACCACAGCUCCACACACCCAUGUACCUCUUCUUAGGUAACCUCUCCUGCUUGGAUAGCUUCAUAGUUUGCACCAUCCUGCCAAAGAUGCUUGCUUGCUUCCUGACUGGAAAUGGAAACAUACCACUGUGGGGCUGCAUUGCCCAGUUUUAUAUUUCUGCCUCUUUAGCCACUGCACAAUGUUACCUCUUAGCAAUUAUGUCUUAUGAUAGAUAUUUAGCCAUUUGCAAACCUUUGCACUAUGCCUCUAUUAUGAACACUAAGCUAUGCAUUCGUCUGGCAGUUGGCUCUUGGAUCAAUGGAUUCAUAGGGAUGUCAGUAUUUGUAAUAUUGAUAUCAAGGUUAGUGUUCUGUGGCCCUCAGGAUAUUGAUGAUUUCUUCUGUGAAAUAACCCAAAUAGUGAAACUUUCUUGCAGUGAAACGAAGACCAUAGAGCUUGUGCUCACUAUAUUUGCAUCCAUCAACACCUUUCUACCAUUUACAUUAACUGUGACAUCCUACAUAUUCAUCAUCCAGAACAUCAUGAGAAUCCCAUCCACCAUGGGGAAGAAGAAGGCUUUCUCCACCUGUUCUUCUCACCUCAUCGUUGUUUCCAUGUUCUAUGGGACCUUGAUGCUUGUUUAUGUGGUUCCAAAGACUGAGACGUUGAGAGCAUUAAACAAAAUCUUUGCUGUCUUUUACACUGUGUUGACUCCACUACUCAAUCCUAUGAUAUAUAGCCUGAGAAACCGGGAGAUGAAGGGGGCCCUGAGAAAGUUCCUCAAGAAAUGUGUCUAG